CAAUCUUUAUUUCCUAUCAUAACAAAACAAGUUGCCACCGUUUGGCGAUAUAAAAUUGUUCGUCGGCGUGUCUAAUGCCGAAAGCGUGGUAUAAAGUGUUUCUCUUUUACUAGUAUUUGAAAGUGAAAAUUCUGACACAUAUGCUUGCUAUAUAUAUAUAAACACCAAGGUUCGGUAACACUCUAUUUAGACAUUGCCUGGUGAAUCUCGUUCGCAGUUUGAUCGACGUAUUUAUUCUUCUCUGCUCUCUGAGAACAAGUCGCUGCUGUUGUAAUCUGAAUUCAGGGAUUUUGAUCAUUUUGCUUUUCUUCGAUUAAAUUAAAUCGAAAAUCAUCCAUCCAGCUGAUGUCGACCAACCAACUUGUUCGAUGCUCUCCAAUUUCAUCCGAUUGUUUGGGAAUAGCGAAGAAGCAGGGCUCAUUUGUACUAAAGAGGAAUGGCUGUGAGAUGAACGCUACCAUGACCUGCAGGGCAAACGAUAAAGACGAGCAAGGAAUCACCAGUUGUCUGUCAGCGGUUGAAGGACAUCUACCUUAUUUGAACCGGAAGUGUGGCUGUCCGGAAUGUAUUAUCGCCAGCGAAAAGAUGGAAUUAAAGCACCCCUGUGGGAUCCAAAACGGACGUCAAGGUUUAUGCCUGAAUGAAUCCUUCUUCAAUCAAACUAGAAACGAAUACAUUCAUAAGCAUCAAACUAAGGAACACAGAAAAGAAACAAAUCAUUAUAACGCUCAGCUACGAAACGGCACUGGUUCAUCGUGGCCAAAAAAACACAGAUUCACGGAACCAGCAUGUGACAAAAUUUCCUCUCCUUUACAAUACAAUAACAAUAACAGAAUGUCCGAAAUGUAUGCAACUACGCUGGGUUCAAAUGGGACAAAUACCUUUUCCAGAAUGCUGAGCAUAAGCCCUGUCGGUAAAGGAAACCAAACUGAAACAAACCAGUGGGCAUGGAAUGGCUCCUUGGACUCUUUUAGCAAUCAUCAAACUCAACUGAAAUUAUCAAGUAUUCAACAACCUCAUCCCACCCAACAACUCAGUAGAGACCCACGCUUACGGAGAAAAAGUGAAAUGUUGAAUGGAAAUGAUGCUUCAAGUAUAUAUUAUGUGUACCAAGCUCAAGACAACGCUCAGCUUGUGCAAGGGGGCCAGGAAGGACACAAACAACAAAGCAACAAAAAUAACAACAAGGGAUGCCAGGACCAAGGACUAAAGAGAGCUCUAGACUGGAAUAUGUCAUCACAGCCUCAGCACCCCCAACCACAGCACAUACCAACUAUCUACCCAGAGAGAAGUGGACUGAAUACAAAAAUAAGGGAACAUAAACAAAGUGUUAACGAAAGGAAAGACCAACCAUGCCGGGUAAACAAGCCGUCGCGGAUAAAGCUCGAAGAACUCUUAAAGAAACAUAAUACAUUUGACGGACGUUCUUAUUCACACAAUGCUACUCGUUGGAAUUAUCCAUAUGUUCAAGGCGAGAAAACUUGCAGAACAUCUAUGGCGGAAAAUAAAAAAGAUAUGAAAAGGGCACCGACGUCGGUAGAUAACUGUGGCUCUGAAAGCAAACGAGCAAAGGGCAAUUUCAAUUCAUUUCCAAAUGACCAUGGGCUUCGAAGCAAGUCACCAUGGAACACCGACAAUGAAGAAUUGGAAAAUGAAACCCAACAUUUAGAAAUGGUUGCCCGUGAAGAAAGGAUAAGAAAAUUGAAAAAUCUACUUGCUAAACAAGAGAAAGCACUGGAAUCACUGAGAUUUCGAAAGAACUCUUCCAACGACAAAGCUAUUCCUAAACCCUCUGUAAGAAGUGAAGCAAUUUCCCAGAAAUCAGGUGAUCAAGGGAACACAACCAAAAGCAAUGACCCGCCUCACUCUAACUCAUCAUCAGGGACGACUUUGGGAAAUUCGUUGAAGCGGAGAUGGCUCCAAAACUGGAAUGAGGGAGAGGAGCACGGGCAUGAACCCCCCUUUGAGAAGGAGAAAGAAAACGAAAGGCAAUCUAGCGGUAGCCUAUCUGAAAACGAAGAUCAGAACCUCAGUAAUGCUGAAUUUACAGCAUUGGAAGGACUCGUGACACUCAGCAAGAAUUAGACUUAUGAUUUGAACAAUCGUUAUCAUUUCACCUUAACCAUGUGCCCAUAUUUAGGUACUCUACCUGAAAUGUUUUAGUUAAACAGUUGUCCAUUCACUCAUCCUUAAUCAGAUUUUUUCACAUGCGAACGAUCAAAGAUGUGUGUGCUGUACUAAACUACGAUCGGGCGCUACUUUCUAGAGGAUAAAAUGAGUAGCAAAGAGGUACAUGAAAGAUGGACUUCUCCUCAUUACAGAGAGCAGCUUCACGCAUAAUCAGUUCUUCACAACUUUCAGCGUUACGAAUUGAAAAACUGAUCACAGUUUAGGUCAGGUUAGACGGCACCAGGUCAGUCUAUAGGGCACGUUCUUCGCACGACCGUCUGUAGUGGACCAAGGAAAUUUUUACCAGGAAGCAUGUGAACCAAAACUGACGACUGAAGACUCUUCAAAACUAAGCCCAAAGAAUGAUACAUACGUUCAAGUAACCUGGUUAAACUUGAAAAAGUAAACACAUCUUUGACGUUAGACAGUUAAAAACCAAGACUUGGGUCUGCGUUUUACAGACAAUUGAGCCCAAAGUGAAAUUUAAAAGCUGUUUGAAUAAUAGUGUCAAUCAAGUACUUUCGCUAACCAUGAUGUGAUUCAGUGGAUGAACCUUCAACAUGGAGCAAGAAAGGCGCAAUCGUGGGAUGACCCCUUUCCGACCCAUUCAUGCAGUCUGGUCUGACUCUCCCGCCGGCCCUAAUCUAAUUUUGCCACUGCGUCUCGUGUUUGCUUCGAGGUCAUUCCUACAGGUUCUCCAGUCUUUCCAAACACUUUAAAUUCCAUCUUGGUAUCAAAGCAUGUACAUUUUAAAACCUGUUUUUCGGGCAAAGUAAUGCAACAUCGUUAUACUGAUUCUAAAAUUUUUAAUACAAUUCUGAUUGUAAAAUUCCACUACUUACUGCGAGAGCUUGAUUUGCUCAAUUUUGUUUUUCGUCUCAUGUCCCUUCGAUGUUUGAUCGUGGCCUUUAUGAACAUACCUUAGGUGUUUUGAUAGCUCGCUGUACAAUCUUAGAGCUAAUUAAAAAGCGAAAGAAGUUCGCACUUGGGGUUGUGCUGACUGGAUGAUUAGAGUGUACUAAAUGCCAUCAUAGAGUUCAUUUGUCAGACCAUAAGGUGAUAUAAAAUAAACAGUUAAUACAGCCUGCCAAUUUAUCGACAAAUGUACUUUAUUGAUAUAGACAUUAACUCAAGAGUCACAACUGCGUUCAACAUUCCUGCACAACCUCUCGUUUGCCAAGCUGAACGUAUAUAAUGGCAAGACACCAGUCUUAAAAAGUCAAACUCGCUUAUAUAUAAAUAUCCUAGUUACAGUCGAUGACCGUUUUGUAACAAGAGUUUUAGAUAGCAAAAUAAAACCUUGCAUGGAUCUUCGACACUUGAGUCGACUGUAGCGGCGGCAGAAA